AUGUUUCCAACUCGACGUUUAGCCCAAGGCGGAUUCUUCAAACGCAGCGCCAAUGAGUUCGGCCGUCUAUCAAAGAUUGCUUGGAACACGGAAGCCCUCCACACCCCGACUAAACCUUAUACUCUCCUGAACUUCGAAGAUGAGAGCACCGUUAAAGAAUGCAAGACCAUGGCCGACCGUGCAGUAGGAGGCUUUAGCACAGCUAGCCUAGACUACGAACCUGCUGGACCUUCUUCAAAUACUCCCUCGCAUGCGCGCUUCCACGGUAGCAUCUCAACCAAGCUUCCUGACAACUGGCGCGUUGAAAGAACUGAACAAGAAGAAAAAGAAAAGAAAACUAAUACAUACAAACAAGGCUACGCCGCGUUCCGAAACAAAGAUCGAGGCUUCUGGCUCUUCGGUCGGCUCUUCUGGGACGUCGAUCCCUACGCGUACCUUGCUCUACGUAUCAAGUCCGACGGCCGUAGGUACACGGUCAACGUGCAGACAGACGCGGUCGUCGAGACGGAUAUCCACCAACACAGACUAUACACGCGACACCACCGUCUACUCGACACACCAAAAUUGCAAGAGGAAUAUGACUUCCAGGCAGACUCACCCGAUGCCAUUGAAGAUCUAUAUCCUAGCGGCGUGCCUGCUGCACUUUCAGACAUCCCACCUGAAUCGACGAUCAUUUCAACGUCUACCAGCACAACGACGUCUGGCUCAAAUGGAUGGGAGACUGUUCUCUUGCCUUUCAACUCGUUUGUGCGCACGAACCAUGGCUUUGUCAUUGAGCCUCAGACUUCUCUGACUAAGCAGCGUGUUAAGAGUAUUGGCAUUGGUCUCACGGACCGUGUCGAUGGGCCGUUUGAUCUACGCAUUCAUAAGAUCUGGGCAACGAAUGGAAUCAGUGAGGCGGAGAUUGAAGAGGAGCGGCGUAUUUGUGGUGAUAAUGCGCUGCCUCUUGAUGAAGGUGUUAGCUCUGGCUGGACUGAUAAGUCCAAGGAAAACUCCGUCAAGGAAGAGAGCAAGCAGCAGGAUCGUGAUUCAAAUAAGAAGGGUCUCAAGGGGUUGAAGUCUGAGUGGGAGGAGUAA